AGUGACAGAAAGAGGGUGGGAGGGCUGUGCUGGGUUGUGGAGGCUAUGAUUCAAUUUUUUUUGAAGUGGUAGUCGAUUCUAAAAAUUUCUCCCAAGUAAUCCAUAUGGGAAGGGCGUUUGUGUAUGUUAUAGUCGGAGGAGGAGUGGCAGCUGGGUAUGCUGUUCAUGAAUUCGUGAAGAAAGGCGUCUCUCCUGGCGAACUUUGCAUCAUCUCAGAAGAAGCUGUUGCACCAUACGAAAGGCCUGCAUUGAGCAAAGGCUACUUGCUCCCAGAAGCUCCAGCACGCAUUCCAGAUUUUCACUGUUGUGUAGGUAGUAAUGAGGAGAGGCUAACCCCAAAGUGGUACAAAGAACACGGUAUUGAAUUGGUUCUUGGAACUCAGGUAAAGUCAGUUGAUGUGAAGCGGAAGACAUUAUUAACUGCAACCGGUGAGACUGUAACAUACAAGAUUCUUAUUGUUGCAACUGGUGCUCGGGCAUUGAAGCUUGAAGAGUUUGGAGUGAAAGAUUCAGGCGCUACGAAUGUCUGUUAUCUACGAGAUUUGAAUGAUGCAAAUAAACUGGUUAAUGUUAUUCAAUCAUGUUCUGGUAAAAAUGCUGUGGUCAUUGGUGGCGGCUACAUUGGAAUGGAAUGCGCUGCUGCUUUAGUGAUAAACAAAAUUGAAGUGAAUAUGGUCUUCCCUGAAGCUCACUGUAUGGGACGCCUUUUUAAUCCGAAGAUUGCACACUACUAUGAAGAGUUUUACAAGUCUAAAGGAGUGAAGUUUACUAAAGGAACUGUCUUGACAUCAUUCGAUUUUGAUGAUGACGGGAAGGUCACUGCUGUUAAUCUGCGAGAUGGGACUAAACUUCCUACUGAUAUGGUUGUUGUCGGGAUAGGGAUCCGUCCAAAUACCAGCCUGUUUGAAAGCCAAUUGAUAUUGGAGAAAGGGGGGAUUAAAGUGAAUGGGAGAAUGCAAUCAAGCAAUAGCUCAGUAUAUGCUAUUGGGGAUGUUGCUGCUUUUCCAGUCAAAAUCGUUGGUGAAACACGCAGGCUUGAACAUGUUGACUCUGCACGGAAGUCAGCUAGGCAUGCUGUCAAUGCAAUCUUGGAUCCAGACAAGACAGCAGAUUUUGAUUACCUGCCAUUUUUCUAUUCCAGAGUCUUCACUCUCUCAUGGCAAUUCUAUGGAGAAAAUACUGGAGAGGUAGUCCAUUUUGGUGAUUUUACGGGACAUAGGUUUGGGGCAUACUGGGUAAACAUGGGCUACCUUAUUGGGUCUUUUCUGGAGGGUGGAACCAAAGAGGAGUAUGAAGCUAUAUCCAAUGCCACACGGUUGAGACCGCCAAUUGAAGACUUGGCUGAACUUGAAAGGCAAGGGCUAGGAUUUGCCAUGGCACUGAGUGACAGACCAUCUCCUUCACAGUCUCUUGAUGCUGGUCAGUCUGGUUUGAUAAUAGAAAAGCCAUUAUAUGCCUGGCACACUACCACAGGUGUUGUAUUGGCUGCAUCUUUGGCUGCCUUUGCCUAUUGGUACGGUAAGAGGCGUCGAUUGUGGUGAGGAAGUUACUCAUAAUCCAUUAUCACGAUGCGUACAUACCUGUUCUUGAUUGUCAUCUUAAGGAUAUCAUUUGCUAGACUAAAAGUCUAGGGGCUGAAUCGAUUUUUAAUUAUAAAAAUGCUAUGAACUCACAACGGUUGACAUCACAUAUGACAAUUGUUUUUGAAUUUGUACACAUGCGAUAAUUGCCUGUGAACUUUGCGUGUUAACAGACAAUUAUCGUCCGUUUGUGUACAAAUUCAUAGACGAUUGUCAUCCGUGGUAAAUUUUUAGCAUUCUACCAAGGUAAAUUCCUAGCAUAACUCUUUUAAUUAUUUCUUUUUGUGAAUAUUUGAAAUAAAAUCCAAGUGCCUCAAUAAAUAUGUGCAAAGGUU